CAAUGGAAUAAAAAGAUACGCGUAUUCUUUUUUUUAAAGUUCAAUUAUCUCGAGCGUUCUUAUACCUUUCUAGUCCCUUUAUAUAGUGCCACCUUCCUCAUUACCAACCUAUACACACUUACCACUUAUUUCUAAAUCUCUCUCUCUAGAAAUGAAGCUCUCUAUGCGUUUGGUCUCAGCUGUUCUCAUCAUGUUCAUGAUAUUCGUCGCCACAGGGAUGGGUCCAGUCACCGUGGAGGCACGCACGUGUGAGUCAAAGAGCCAUAGGUUCAAGGGUCCAUGCGUGAGCACACACAACUGUGCAAACGUGUGCCACAACGAAGGCUUUGGAGGAGGUAAAUGCCGUGGAUUCCGUCGUCGUUGCUACUGCACCAGACAUUGCUGAUCCAUCCAUUCUCAUGACUCAAUCUAUGAUCCAUCGUCGUGUGUUACUUCUUUCUUAUCUAAAUCUUCCGUACAGUACCAUGUAGUACCGUACAUGAGUGUGUUCCUCAAUAAGUCUUUGGUGUUUUGUGUGUUUCCGGUUUUAAUGUAAUGUUAAAUCAAUGAAUGAUUUUGUAUUAUACUAUUGUAUUAUGGAUCUCAAUCUAUCCUAGUCCUAAAUUUCUAA